AUGUGGCAAAGAAUAACCGAAGAGCUGAACUCGGCCUACAGUACCAACUUCUCGGUGGAGCAAUACAAAAAGAAGAUUCAGAAUGUCCAGUGUACAUCACGGCAGAAGAUUCAGACUGGAAAACGGUAACUUUUUGAAAAUUUCAAACAUUUUGUUGCUUAUGUUUAUGAAUUUUUAAAAAUACUGCAGUAAAGGAUCAAAGGUUCAUUCGUCUUAAUUAUAAGCUUUCAGAAACCUUGGCGUCGCCGAAUUUGAAUACUUGCGACUUUUCGAACAAGAGCGUUUAACGUGCAACGGCUUCAACAUGGAUGCCUACGAUUCUCUGACCAGAAGCAGUUCAGCUGAUAUUUCUUCGAAUGUCAAGGUAGAGCAGAUGCUGGAGCAGUUCGGAAUCACGCUAGACACUUCGCAAAACAUCGAAAACGUCUGCGAACAAGGCUCGAACUCGGAUUCUGACUCCAACACCACGACUACCGCGCCCUCGACGUUGCCCGAGAAUCCCCCCAGGAGCCCCCAAAACAAUAUACUAGACCCUCGACACUUGAUAUUCGCCUUAGGGCAGCUCACUAAAGACUGCAAGAUAAAUCCGCCCAUCACUUCCAACAACGAAAAGGUCGACAUUCCAGACAAAGAAGAUCGAGAGUCGUGCAAACGAUCGGCCGUUCCUGAUGAAAGCGAAGUCAAUCGUAUAAUGGCAGUCAAGAAGAGAAAACUCAAUGGCUUGUUCAAUGUUGAUGACAAAUGGAAAAAGGAAAUUGUUGAGGUAAGAUAUUGAAAGUUUGUUAAAAAGUAAUGUAUAAUUCCAAUUUUUUUAGUUAGUUGUUCGCGAAAUCUCGCUGAUAUUGAUGAUCAACUAAAAAGCGUUGGUUUUAUAUAGUAAACAACAAUGUUUUAUAACAACUCGAUGCAUCCAAAUUUUAAAUCCCAUGAAAUUGUAAAAUACUUUUAGAAUCAACACCAGAUCUUGGAAGGCCAAUCUCGCCUGAUGGAUCAGAUCCAUGCCUUCAUUUUCCAACAAAGUCAACACAACCAUCUAGAUGUUCUGUCACAAAACGUAGAGAAACUGUGCACCAUAUUAGGAACCAUCAACGAAACCCUCACCUCACUUUCCGCUAAUUCGCUUAACGAACCUGAACCUCGCGUCACGAGGCCUCAGGAAUUUGUCCAGCCAGAUAUAUAA